GUCGGUCGCGAGAAGCGCCCCAGCUGCGCGACCGCUAUGGACCCCAAUCGCAGCUGCGGCUCCAGGACAAGAAUGACUGGCGGGGAGCCCAGCACCAGGGCCUUAGCUGCCAACCUGCAGCCGUCAACAGGUGGGCACCUAAAGGGCGCCUCGCAGCCGCCUGCGCACAGGGGCGAGGUCGCGGAGCAACAUGCCAGCCCGACGAACUCGCCCGCCAGCAGGACCAUCUCGCCCAACACUUGCCGCAGCCUCUUCCGGAGUUCUGGCUGCAUGUUCUCGGCCCUCCCCGCCCCGAUGGAGCUAGAGGCAGGCCGCCUGAAAAAGCAGGCAAAAGGCCACGACUCGGCCGACGCGGGCAAGGGGAAGGGCAAGAAGAAGGGCCGCGUGCAGGGCGGAGAGCGCACCGACAGCAAGCUGGUGGACGACGAGGUGAUGGAGGGGCUCGAGGAGAUGGACGCCUCCGAGAUAGCGAGGCUCUUCCUGGUCGUGCUGAGGCUGCUGCCGAACUUGGGCGCCCGCGCCCGGCAGCAGGAAGCCGUGGCGCUGAUCGCCCUCGUCGCGCCGGUUGGUCUGCAGCCGGUGCUGUUCGCCCGUCAGCGGGCCCAGGGCUGGGUCGAGGUGGCCCAGAAGGCUCGCGCCGAGGCGAAGCCCGAGGCCGAGACCGCCAAGCACGGCGCGAUCUCAUUGGCAUGCGUGGUGGGACAUGCGGGCGGCCUGGUCAAGGAGGGGGGGGCGGUGGGGCGUGCCAACAGCAAGGUUAGCAGCGCCCGCACGGAGACAGACGCGAAGAUGCAGCUCAGCGCGAACGCGCAGACAAUCGCGACCGCCAACUGCUCCGAACAGCUCGGAGCCGCUCACAAACACGGCGCGGCGCCAAUGAGCCAUCUCGAGCGGAUCCUGCACACCGGCCUGAACACCCACAGCAUGAAGUAG